CCCACGGACAUUCAUUCAAACCGCAUCUCCACCGCCUCCAGCUGCAGUCAAUUGAAUCACUUGUAUUCAUUUGUCUUUUAUUAUAAGAAAGCAGCGCUCAAGCUUCUGCGCUCCUGGACCGGAGAUCUGGAGAUGAAGACAGACUUUACGCUUUUCUGUCGGACUUUGACUGGAAUAGCAUAUGCCGCAGGUCUGGUGAUUGGCUUUUCUAUGACUCCGCCCACCCUCGACGGCUCCGAAGAAGACCUGGUGAUUCCAGUCAGAGAGACGCUCAGCAUUACAUGCAGGGGACAGCACACCCUGGCCUGGGCCUGGCCCAAUCCAGCCCUGGCGGGACAGGAGCUGAGCGGGCGUCAGGCCCAGCUGGCGACCACCAGGGCCCCCGGUCAGAGGGUCGCCUCGGUCAGCGAGUGUCCGGGGCAGCGGGGGAGGCCGUACUGCAAGAGGCUGGUCCUGAGCGGCGCCAGGGCCGAUGACACGGGCUCCUUUCGCUGCUACUACAAAGAUGUCAAGGACAUCAUUGUCGGCACCACUGCCGUCAGCGUCUAUGUGUUCGUCAGGGACCCCGAGCAGCCCUUCCUCAAGCCACCCAGCCACAACCCCGCCGCCAAACUGAUGGCCGAGACCAUUCUAAUCACCCGCUUCUCCACCCACGUGGUGGUGCCGUGCCUGGUCACCGUGCCGGAUCUGAACGUUACCCUCCACGCGUACCCCAUGCCUUUGGAGAAGGGAGCGGCAACAUGGGACAACAAGAGAGGCUGGUCCAUUCCCAGACACAUCGUGGACAACGCGCCGAUGAUCAUUGGCUUUUUGUGUGGCGCCACACUGGAAGGCAAAGAGUAUCAAUCUACCACCUACGUGAUCCACAUGACGGGAAGCCUGAUUUACAAUGUCACGCUGUUUCCGGAGAACACAGUCGAGCUGAUAGUGGGGGAGGCCCUCGCCCUGAACUGCACAGCGAUGGUGGAGUUCAACGCCGGAGUGGACAUGCAGUGGUCUUACCCUCGCAAACAGACAAACGGCUUGGAGGACACUAAGCCCUACCGCGAAGCUCUGUCUCACGCCACGCAAGCUGUCAGCAUCCUGACCAUCCACAGCGUCGACGUCACCGACACCGGCCUGUACAGCUGCCGUGUCACCACCACGGACAAGACAAGAAGCCAACAGACCCAGGUCAAAGUUUAUGAAAAGCCGUUCAUCAACCUCAACUACAGAAAUGGACCAGUGGUGGAGUCCACCGCCGGCCAGAAGUUGUUCAAAUUACAAGUUAAUGUGUCUGCCUUCCCCACACCUAAAACACAAUGGUAUAAAGAUGGAAAGCCGAUAAACCAUCUCAAAGAUUUCAGGAUGAAAAAGGUGAUGCACCCCGAUCAUGCUUUGGAGAUUAAGGACGUCUGCCAGAAGGAUUCUGGUCUGUACACGGUGGUGGCGAGGAACAAUGCUGCUGGACUGGAGAGGAGACUCAACGUCACGCUUGUUGUCAACGUCCCCCCACAGAUCCACGAGAAAGAAGUGGCGGAUCCGUCCAGUCCUUACCCCAGUGACAGCAGCCAGACGCUGACCUGCACCGCCUACGGCUUCCCGGCUCCCAGCGUCAGCUGGCAGUGGAGGGCCUGGGGCCCGUGUGCCCUCAACAGCACUCGGAGCAGAGCGAUCGGACGAGACAGGAGGGGCCGCAGCGGCAGCAUCGCAGACUGCCAGAACUGGCAGGAAAUUCAGUUGGAAAACGCCACAAAUGAAAUCGAGUCCAUUGACACUUCGGUCGAAGUGGUGGAUGGCCAACAAAAGAUAGUGAGCAGGCUUCAGAUCGCCAACGCCAGUGUCUCCGUCAUGUACAAGUGUUCUGCUGAAAACAAAGUCGGCAAAGAUGAGCGGCUCAUCUACUUCUAUGUCACUACCAUCCCCGAGGGGUUCAGUGUGGACGUGCAGCCCUCGGAUAAUCCCCUGGAGGAGGAGAAAGUGUCCCUGUGCUGCAGCGCCGACAACUACACCUACGAGCGGCUGCAGUGGUACCGCCUGGACCCCCAGGCCUUGCAGGACGAGCAGGGCAAGCACCAGGAGCUGGACUGCAGGAGCGUGCACCUCUACGCGUACGCCCUCACCGGCCGGCUCUCCUUCCAGGACUUGUCCAACAGCUGGGUGCUGGACUUCACCGUCCCCUCCGUGCAGCUGCAGGAUGAAGGUCACUAUGUGUGCGCGGCUCAGAGCAGGCGCAGCGGGGAGAAACAGUGCCUGUUCAGGUACAUCUCUGUGAAAGCCCCGGAGGCGCCGCGGUACAAGCUCAGCCUCACCAACCAGACGGUGAAUGUUACCGAGUCUCUGCGGAUGGAGUGCGACGCGGAGGGCAGACCCUUACCCCGCCUCUCCUGGUUCAAAGACCACCAGCCUCUCCACCAAAUGUCAGGCAUCCAGCUGCAAGACUCCAACCGCACGCUAAGUAUCCAGCGGGUUACAGAGGAGGAUGCCGGUCUUUACACCUGCACCGCCUGCAACCAGCGCGGCUGUGUCCACUCCUCAGCGGCCGUCCAGGUCAUCGGUUCCAGCGACAAGGCCAGUGUGGAGAUUGUAAUCCUCAUCGGGACGGGAGUCAUCGCGGUUUUCUUCUGGGGAUUGCUCAUCCUAAUCUUCUGCAACGCAAAGCGGGUUAACCCGGCUGACAUAAAGACGGGCUACCUGUCAAUCAUUAUGGACCCGGGGGAGGUGCCUCUGGAUGAGCAGUGUGAAUACCUGCCCUACGACUCCUCACAGUGGGAGAUCUCCAGAGACAAACUCCGACUAGGAAAGGUUUUAGGCCACGGUGCCUUUGGAAAAGUCAUCGAAGCAUCAAUCUACAGCAUCAGCAAGAACAACAGUCUGGACACAGUGGCUGUUAAGAUGCUAAAGGAUGGAGCCACAGCCAGUGAGCACAAGGCCUUGAUGUCAGAGUUAAAGAUACUGAUUCACAUUGGAAACCAUCUGAAUGUAGUGAACCUGUUGGGAGCCUGCACCAAACCAAAUGGUCCACUGAUGGUGAUAGUGGAAUACUGCAAGUAUGGGAACCUAUCCAACUUCCUACGAGCAAAGAGAGAGUUCUUCCUCCCAUACCGGGAUCGUUCCCCUAAAACCCAGAGCCAGGUGAGACGGAUGAUCGAGGCGGGUAGAAUAGACCAGAAAGCCUCCCACCCGCCCCCCCCGCGCUCCUCGCCACUCAUCACUCCCCAGACUCAGUCGUCCACCUCCACCAAUGAGAAUCCUGCAGGGGAGAAAACGGAGGACCUGUGGAAAACUCCCCUGACGAUAGAAGAUCUGAUCUGCUACAGUUUCCAGGUGGCCCGUGGGAUGGAGUUCCUGGCCUCCAGAAAGUGUAUCCAUAGAGACCUGGCAGCCCGCAACAUUCUCCUGUCGGAGAGCAACAUCGUGAAGAUCUGUGACUUCGGCCUGGCCAGAGACAUAUACAAAGACCCCGACUACGUCAGGAAAGGCAACGCUCGCCUCCCUUUAAAGUGGAUGGCUCCGGAGAGCAUCUUUGACAAAGUGUACACCAGCCAGAGUGACGUGUGGUCUUUCGGGGUCCUCCUCUGGGAAAUCUUCUCACUGGGUGCCUCUCCGUACCCGGGAGUGCAAAUCGACGAAGACUUUUGCAAGCGAUUGAAAGAUGGCGUGCGCAUGAGGUCACCGGAGACCGCCUCCCCCGAAAUAUACGGCAUCAUGCUGGCCUGCUGGCACGGUGAACCCAAACAAAGGCCGCCCUUCCCGGCCCUGGUGCAGAUCCUGGGAGACCUGCUGCAGGACAACAGCCUACCCGAUGGGAAGGACUACGGAGCUUUGGACCGCUCACAGAGCUCGGAGGACGACGGCUUCUCGCAGGCGUCAUCGCGCCCUCCGUCGGAGGAGGAGCUGAGGCCGGCCUGCAGCGCCCUACCCGCCAGGUAUUAUAACUGCGUGCCCUUUGCCGGCUGUGUGUUCGUGGGACCCUCUAAAACGUGCCAUCCCACAGUCAAGACGUUUGACGAGUUUCCACUCGCGAUGCAGCCGCAGAAAGCUCCUCAAGAUAACCAGACGGACAGCGGGAUGGUUCUGUCUUCUGAAGAAUUUGAAAGAAUCGAACACAAGCACAGAGGCGCCAACUCCAAAAGUCGCAUGGGCAGCAGCAGCAGCAGCACAGAGCCGCUGACCCCCUCCCACGGGUCCCUGGGUCGAAGCAGCUGCAGGCACCACCCGCACUUCUUCAGCCAGCUCUCGGGACAGACCUUCUACAACAACGAGUACGGACACCUGUCCGAGGAGGGCUUCUGCGACUUCUUCUCCUCGCCUGAAGCUCCCUGCCUGGCCUCCUCCAACGUGUGAUCCAACCCACAGAUGCAGCUUUUGGGGGGUUAAAAGGGUGGGACUCCUGAGGUCAAGGGACGCGUGUGGGUUUUAAUAACAUCUCAGUGACAUGUAACUCGUCAUUUAUAAAUGAAAAUCAGGUUAUGGAGCCUCGUGAUCAUCUCUUCCCUCUGGAGGCUGCCUGUAUAAACAGACUUGAGCUAUGAGCCUGAAGGUCUUCUAACCAGCCACUGGGUGGCAGCAUUACGACAAAAACAAAACCCAAAAGUAUUUUGUAUUCACGCAUUUAUAAAUUGUACUUUUUAUAUACAGAGUAGUCUUUCAUUCAUUUGUACAAAUCAUGGCUAAGAAGGGAAGAAAUAAAAGGAGUGUACCUUGUCA